AUGUUUACGAAAACCGCUGCUUUAGUGCGCCGAAGGGUCCCACACAAUCUCACUUGCAGAGUUGCGCGUCAUCUCUCGUCGGAUGAGAGUUACCUUCACAACAAGGGCUCUGAACCUCUGACCAUCGCGACACUGAGCGAUGUACUAGAGGAGAGCGCACACAAAUAUCCGGGCAGGGUGGCGAUUCGAUCAGUGUAUGAGGAUGUCACCCUCACAUACGAAGAACUAUUGACGCAGGCAGAUUCCCUUGGAUGCGCACUGCGGUCCAACGGGUUCCAGAAAGGGGACAGAUUAGGACUAUGGUGUCACAACUCAAGUACAUGGAUAAUUGCCCUUGUGGCUGCUGCCAGGGCCGGACUGAUAUCAGUUCUCAUAAAUCCAGUGUACGAGAAAUCCGAACUAAGCUUUUGUAUCGAGAAAACCGGGUUAAAAGGUCUCGUGAUGGGGAGUGCAAUAAAAAAUAGGGACUACGUAAACGUUUUGAAACAGCUUAUACCCGAAUUGGAUAGUGCAAAGCCCGGCUCCUUGAAAUCAGAACGGUUUCCAGAAUUGAGCACGUUGAUUAGCAUAGAAAAAGAGAAAAUAAGUGGCAUACUUCAAUUUGAUUCCCUUUUAAACAACAACACUAACGAAAUAUCGAAGUACGGAAGUGAAUUGAAACCGGAAGAUGGCAGUAUUAUCCACUUCACAUCAGGCACCACGGGAGACCCCAAAGCAGCGUUGGACUCCCACAUAGGGGUAGUUAAUAACACGUACUUCAUAGGUAAAAGAAACGGAUUCAACGAAGGCCACCAAAAGAUAUGCAUUCAGGCACCCCUCUUCCAUGCUCUUGGGUCGGUGGUGACAGUUCUGAGCGGUUUAAGACACGGCGCUAGUUUGGUAGUGGCAGGGCCGACAUACAGUGUACCUGAUAACAUUAACGCCAUGUUAGCUGAAAAAUGCACAGCGGUUACCGGCACACCCACAAUGUAUGUGGAUAUAAUAUCUCAGAUCCAAAGCAAAGGCGACUUGCCGCUGCAGCUCAGGAUGGCGUUGGCAGCGGGCGCUCCCUGUAGCCCGCAGCUCAUCAGGAACAUCCAGAAAUACAUGAAGGCGAACUCCGUGUUGGCACUAUAUGGUAUGUCGGAAACGACGGCUAGCGUAUUCCAAUCCGUACCAGGCGACAGCAUCGACACAGUGGCCGAGACAGUUGGCUACCUUCAAGAUCACGUUGAAGUAAAGGUUGUCGACGAAAAUGGUAAAACUGUGCCAUUCGGCAGCCCUGGUGAGCUGGUCACACGUGGCUACAACAAUAUGAUCUGCUACUGGGAUGAACCCGAAAAGACCAAGCAAAUAUUAAAUGACGAGGGAUGGCUGAGCACGGGAGACAAGUUCACGAUAUCACCAGAUGGCUAUGGCAAAGUAGUCGGCAGAUUAAAAGAUAUCAUAGUCAGAGGUGGCGAGAAUAUUGCGCCAAAGGAAAUUGAGGACCUGCUUAACACACAUCCGGACAUUAUCGAGAGUCAGGUGGUAGGUGUUGCGGAUGAGAGGCUUGGGGAAGAGUUGUGCGCCGUACUGAGGAUACGAGAAGGCGCUACCGUUACUGCCAGCGAUGUGAGCAAGCACUGCACCGGUCAUCUGGCAAAAUUCAAAAUACCCCGAAUGCUGAAGACCACCGAUGAGUUCCCGAAAACGGCGUCCGGCAAAAUUCAGAAGUUCAAAUUAAAAGAGCUCAUCGAGGCCGGAAAACUG